CGCCUUUGCCGACCUCGGCUACCACAUUUUGCUCGAGAAGCCCAUGGCCGUGACCAAGGACGACUGCAUUCGCAUCCAUGCAGCCGCCACGCGCAACAACGUCUUGCUGGCCGUGUGUCAUGUCAUGCGCUGCACGCCGUACUCGCUCAAGCUGCGCGAGCUGAUUGCAAGCGGCGCGAUCGGCAAGGUGGUCAACAUCCAGCACAUCGAGCCAGUCGGCUUUUGGCACCAGGUGCACUCGUACGUCCGCGGCAACUGGGCAAAGCAAGCGUCGUCGACGUUCAUGCUCAUGGCCAAGAGCUGCCACGACAUUGAUUACCUACAGUUUCUCAUGCAAAAAGACGUGCGCGCCGUGAGCUCGUUUGGGUCGCUCUACCACUUUCGACAGGAGAACAAACCGCCGGGUGCGACCGACCGGUGUCUGGACUGCCCAGUGGAAGCGAGCUGCGUCUACUCGGCCAAGAAGAUGUAUCUCGACGGUCCACCGCAAGUCGCUGCGAGCCCCGUCGAGAUCGAACACUGCGACGGAUCACGGUCCCACACUAUCCCAAGCUCUGGCGCAUGGUACGCUGGUCACCGAUCCGCGGCUGUUGGGCACAACACCUGGCCACUCACGGUCCUGCACGCGCAACCAACGGUGGCCAACAUCACGCACGAGCUAGAGACCGGACGCUUUGGCCGCUGCGUCUACGCCGGUGACAACGACGUCGUCGACAACCAAGUCGUCAACUUUCAGUUUGUCGAUGGCGCAACCGCGUCCUUUAGCAUGGUCGCGUUCACAGAGCAGCAGUGUGUCCGCACCACGCGCGUCUUUGGCACCCACGGCGAGCUCACGGGCAACGGAUCGAACAUCCGCCACUUCGAUUUUCUCAGCCGCAAGAUCACCGAGAUUACGCCGGCGGGGCUGCCGUCCACAUCCAAGGUCAAGGGCCACGGCGGCGCUGAUUUCUUCAUGAUCGAAAACUUUGUGCACGGCGUGCGCACGAAUGAUGCGAGCGUCCUGCUGACGGGCGCCGACGAGAGCUUGGCGUCGCAUCUCAUGGUGUUUGCCGCCGAAGAAGCGCGCUUGACCGAUGCGGUCGUGCACAUGACGAGUGUGUAGGCAAGCCAAUAUUGUCUUGAAUUCGUGUAUUACUAUCUGGUAUUCUUGCAUGCGAC